CACAGCACAGCCAUUCUCACCCAACACCACCGCACCAAUUCCCCAAAUAACCAAAUGCUAAUAUGGCAGCGGACGGCGAAUCAUCUGCUGCGGGGUCUUCCAGCAACUCGGGUGGCCAUGCCCGUCACCAGGGCGGUCGCGGCGGCCGUGGGGGUGGUCGUGGAGGCCGCGGCGGUAACAACCGUGGCAAGAAGGGCGGCGAUCUCGGGCGGUCCGCUUGGAACCUCUAGCCGCCAGAAGGUAGAGAAGCGCAAGGAGACGGUCGACUACCGCGAAUUCAAGCGACGCAAGGUCAAUGCCCAAGGCGAAUCGAUCGAGGUCGAGCGAGACAACCCUUUUUCCAAGGAUGAGAUUGCCAAUGAAGAGCGCCGCCCCAAGCGCAAGGUGGCCGUCAUGAUUGGCUACUCUGGCACUGGCUACAAGGGUAUGCAGGUCAACGGCGACGAGGCUACCAUUGAGAGAGAUCUGUUCCAAGCCUUUAUCAAGGCUGGAGCUAUUUCCAAGGCCAACGCCGACGACCCUCGCAAGUCGAGCUUGGCUCGAUGCGCCAGAACCGACAAGGGUGUGCACGCUGCCGGCAACGUCAUCAGCUUGAAGCUCAUCAUUGAGGACGAAGACAUUAUUGACAAGAUCAACGAAGCGCUCCCCGAGCAGAUCCGCGUCUGGGGCAUCCAGCGAACAAACAACAGCUUCAACUGCUACCAAUACUGUGAUUCCCGAUUCUACGAAUAUCUUAUGCCUAGUUACUGCCUCCUCCCUCCUCACCCCAACUCGUUCCUUGGCCAGAAGCUUGUCGAGCUUACCAAGGAGCACGGCGCCGAAGAGCAGGUCGCUGAGCGCCUGGACGAUGUCAAGGAUUUUUGGCAAAACGUUGAAGAGACGGCUAUUAAGCCUAUCCUGGCUAAGCUGGACCCCGAGGUUCGCGCUCAGGUCCUUGAACGAGUCCACGCUCUCGAGGAGGAUGUAGAGAAUGAAAGCAAGCCUGCUGAAGAAUCCAAGCCUGCCGAAACAACCGAAGCAGCCUCUGAGCAACCUGUAGCAGAGGGUACCGAAGCUGAGGCUCCCGCCCCUACUGCUGCCGAGGGUGAGGAAGCUAAGAAUGUCACUUUGACUAGCGUCAAGCCCAAGGGCCGCGAGCUGGGUCCCGUUGACUUUGCUCUCCGUGACAUCAAGGCGGCCUACAUUUCCGCUAAGCGUGCUUACCGCGUUACUCCCGCCCGCCUCAAGCAGCUGCAGGAUGGUCUCGACAAGUACGUCGGCACCAACAGCUUCCACAACUACACAGUUCUCAAGACCCAUGGCGACCCUUCGGCCAAGCGCCACAUCAAGUCCUUCAUUGUGAAUCCCAAGCCUGUCAUUAUUGGCAACACGGAAUGGCUCUCCCUCCGCGUCCAUGGUCAGAGUUUCAUGAUGCACCAAAUCCGCAAGAUGGUUGGUCUUAUCAGCUUGAUGGUGCGCUGUGGCACUCCCUGGGACCGCGUCGACGAAAGCUACGGCAAAGUCAAGAUGGCUAUCCCCAAGGCACCCGGCUUGGGCUUGCUCCUCGAACGACCUGUGUUUGAAAACUACAAUCGCCGCGCGACGCAAAAUCUCGGCCGUGAGGCGAUCGACUUUGACAAGUACUCGGAUAGAAUGGACGCUUUCAAGCAGAAGGAGAUUUACCAAAGAAUCUUUGACGUUGAGGAGAAGGAUAACUCCUUCCACACCUUUUUCAACCAGAUUGAUCAGUUCAAGUCAAACCACUUCUUGUGGUUGACCGCUGGUGGCCUCAAGGCUGCCGUGAUUGCGCCAAACGAGACCGGCAAGUCGGAAGAGGAUGUCAGCAAACAGCUUGGCGAUGAGGAUGAAGAGGAUCCCGAUGGUGGACAGGGUUAGACGAUCAUUCCCCUUUGUAACAUAUUUAACAACUGGAGUUUUAUAUAUAGAUGAAAAAAAGUCAUGUUUCCUUUUUGAGUACCAAAAAAACCGCAGCAUUCCGUAAACUCCUAAAACUCCGAUGGUGAUGAACAAAAUAAUGCUAAGCUUUGCGUCCCGUUUGUGCCAUCAGGGCAGCGCUUUCUUCCUUUGUCAGCGCAGACCAUUGCCCACCGUUUGCCUCUGCGAGAGCCUUCAUUCUCAUGGCAUCCACCGUGUUGAGCAGGCCCGAUACCUGGGCGACGUCGCGCUCGAUCUGGUCUUCUUGGACCUUUCUAUCUGUGUCCUCCUGGCCCAAUGGCCCGAAUACCCAUAACUCUUUAAUCCUACGUGACAGAGUUAAGAGUUCCUUCAUGGAAGAAUU